GCGCUGUGCCGCGCUCGUAUUGCUGUUGUUUCUUAUGGUAUGAGACGGGUGGCUUCGAAUGAGCCAAAUGAUUGGGCUGCCCUCUGUAUCGCCUGCUCCGAUGAACGAGCCCCAUGUUUUGAUGAGCACACCCUCCGUAUCUCGCACUAUGAUCACCUCUUCUGCUCUCUCUCAUUUUCGAGCUUCUAUCUCUUCUACAGCAGUCUACCUUGUAUGGUCUCGAUAUCUAUGGCAGGCAGCCAACGUAUCACAUCGCAGAAUUCUACCAACUCGACCGGCAUCGAGGAACUUGUCGGAUGGAAAGGAACCAGCAACGAUAGGGGUACCAUAGAUAUUCUAUGGUCUUCCUGUGUGACGAUCUUCCUGUGCUGCUGGGUAUCUACAUACCCCAAUACUGGCUCACCAAAGGACAAAUGGCAUCACUCACUCUAUGACAAGAUCAGUCUUGCACUGAUAAGUAUUCUCGGCCCCGAUUUUCUGUUCGGAAUUGCUCUGGGACAAUUUUCUAGUGCGAGAAGAAGCGUCAAGCUAUUCGCGAAAGACCAAAGCCUCAGCAAUGGCACAAAAUGGACAUAUGCUUACGCAUUUUUCACCGAUAUGGGUGGUAUUCAUCUUACUAGUCCGGAUUUCACCGAUGGGUUUCCAAUUAAUGCUGAACAGCUGCAUUACCUGGUUCUUCACAAACAUGUUGAUUUUCCCGACAUGGCGCUUAUGUCAAUCGCGGAGAGAAACACACUCGAUACACUAUCGCGAAUCAUUACCGUUUUCCAAGCCUUUUGGUUUUUGGUGACUGAAAUACAGCGUGUGAAGAUUGGCCUGCCAAUGACGACUCUCGAGCUUACAGCACUCUCUUUCUCGUUCGUGAUGUUUGCGACCUCUUUACUCUGGUAUGCCAAACCUUCUAUCCCAUACCCGCGGCCUAUCAGCACCAAAGACGGGAAAACAGUGGAGGAGAUUCGGGCUUGUGCCCGACAGAGUACACACCCCCAACUUCCCGAUACAUGGCACCAAACUCCACUCAGCUUCAUUGGCGAGAAUCGAUUCCGGAUCAAUGCCCAUUGGAACUAUUAUGUGCGACUCUGUCACAUGAUGCGCUUUCGAUUUGUAUCGCGUCCUAUCACGACGCGACCUUGGGAUCGAUUCCCAUCGGAUACUUGGCUAGCAGCAGAUGCGCAGCUGGCUCCUCUGGCUGCAAUCGUACUAAUCGGGUUCAGUUUCCUCUUCACGCUGGCAUGGAACUUUCAUUUCCCUACACCCACGGAGAAACUCUUAUGGCGCGUGUGUAGUAUCUAUCAUACGGCCUUCAGCAUCUACGGGGGAGUCUACUACCUGAUCGAGAUGCUAAGUUAUACUCGACAGCAACGUACGCAGCAACGUACGCAGCAAGAUACGCAGCAACCCACGCAACGGCAUACCAUGGUCAGCAUGCAAGUACAAGAUCAGGAGGCUAUUCCUCGAAACUCACUUCCUCGGUACCUCAAGUUACAGAUAUACAGACAAUUCAGAAAUCUUCUGAAUUACUUGAGAAGUUGGAGGAACAUUUCCCCAGAACAAGACCCAAAUAUGGAGGUUCCUUUACGCGUUCUCUACCCCGUCACCAUUACUUGCUUUCUAUACAUUGUGUGCCGGAUUUACAUUUAUUUUGAAGACUUCUUCUCUUUGAGAACUCAGCCUGCGGACGUUUAUCUGACCGUAAAUAAAUUCAUUCCAUUCUUGAUAGGAUAA